UUCAUUCAGCCUGGUCAUGUGACUCAAGCUCUGUGAGUAGAACAGCACCGUGUGAGCCAUCCAUUCAUUUCCUCCUGAGAAACACACGGCGGAGGAGGGAAGAGAGAGAGAGAAAGGGGUCACAUCAAAAAGUGCGACAGAGGAAAACAAGGAAAAGAGGGAGACAGAAGGACGCUCUAAGGAUAGUGGUUCUCGCUCUCAAUUACUGAGGUUAAUAAACAAGGAAGAGUGCUAUCAGGAUGUUGAUGCUGGAUGGGAUGCCAGCCCUGCCAGUCAAAAUCGAUCCUGCAGAGUCACAGAGGCGGUCUCCUGUGAUCCAUGACUAUACAGAGAUGGGCGUGCUAGUGUUGAACCGCAGAUUUCGGACACAGUCAGAUGAUAGACGAUUCCUGUCCGACCCCUUCCAGACGCAAACAGAGCCCGUGGACCUGUCCACCAAUAGAGCCAGAACCUCCCCAUCACUUUCAGCAUCGUCAUCUUUGUCCUCGUCUCCCUCGUCGUCCUCAUCAUCAAUACGAUUCUGUCCACGGACCCCUCCUUCCAGCAAGUCUCUGUCAUCUUCAUCACAAUCAUCAUUAUCCAUGCCUUCAUCUUCCUCCACUUCAGUUAUAACCCCCGUUCCUCGUUUGAAGAUGUCGCCGUCCUGCUCUGGCUCAGUGGUGGCAUCUCCCCCAUCCAGGAGUCUCAGGGGGCAGUCGUUUUUGCACAUACCCCAGCUGAUGCCUCCUUGCUCCAGCCCAGUCCACCUCCACCCACGGCGGGUUCCGGUGGUGAUGCAGCCCGUGCCGCUGGUCUACACUGGGGGGAGAUCGCUGGGACACAGCAGGCUCAUGAUGCCGCUGCUGGAGGAAAAUAGGAUGCACAGGAAAGUCACGCACCGAAUCGCAGAUGGACUGUCACCACGGCGAUCUUUGAGUGACAGCGAGGAUGAUGACCUGCCCAACGUGACCUUGGAGAGUGUGAAUGAAACAGGAUCCACUGCCCUGACUAUCGCCCGCGCUGUCCAAGAUUCCCUGUUGCCGUUCAGUAUUGAGAGUCUGCGGAGGCCUAGGCCUUCAGAGUCACCUGACUCAAAGAGGAGACGCAUUCACAGGUGUGAGUUUGAGGGCUGCAAUAAGGUUUACACCAAGAGCUCUCAUCUUAAAGCCCACAGGCGCACACACACAGGUGAAAAGCCAUACAAGUGCACGUGGGAUAACUGCACAUGGAAGUUCGCUCGCUCUGACGAGUUGACACGGCAUUACCGCAAACACACCGGUGUUAAACCAUUCAAAUGCAGCGACUGUGACCGCAGCUUCUCCCGCUCGGACCACCUCGCCCUCCACCGCCGCAGACACGCCCCACAAACAUGCAUAGUGUGAAAAAGACACUUGAUGGACAAAAUAAGCAGACAGAGCGGGUCUCUAUCUGCCAGUGUCGCAUGCAGAAGGUCUGGAAAGGUUCCCCGCACAACAAUAAUGAGGUGAAAGACAUGGGAGUUAGGACAGGAAGGAGAGACGGAAGAUGAGGUCCAUGUAUUAUGGGGUCUGCCUUCCCUCAUAUUGUUUAUCUUCUGCACUUUUAUGUGAGGUUUAUUCAUAAAAGAGUCUUGUACUAAUGAAUUAUUAAAAGCCAUUUGCUGUUAAAUGUAUUUGAUUCUCCAAACCUUCUGGUUUGCCUUCAGGUUUACUCAUGGAAGCCUCAUGGAAUUGCAGUUUUUCAUUUCACAACAGUCUCAAACAUAUUUAGAAUUAAUUUUGUAAUACUUAUUUUUGUCUAAAAAGCAUUGCAGAGGAGCCCAAGUAUAUUCUGUGCAAGAUUUGGUUAUGCAUUUAGCAAAUAAAAGUCACUUUGAAAUAUAUAUAUAUAUAUAUAUAUAAAAUUUACAAUUUGCAGGGUAAUAAUGGCAUGGCUGUCAAUGUGUAGAACUAAGUACAAACCAGUUUCAAUUAAAAAGACAUGCACACAAACACAAAAGACAAAGAAAAUAAGACAUGGCAUUAUAACAAUGCAUUUACUGCAAGUUCACAUUUUAGCUUCAAACGCUGCAUGGGCUCCAGUUAUCACUUUAUUAUGGAAUUUGAAGUUGUUGUUGUUUUGAUAUAUAUAAAUGAAUGUGAGGAGACGGUCGUACCAUUAAUGUAGUGUUCUGUCCUCUCAGGACUCAGUCAUAUGAGAGAGACAUUCUCUCACACCUUUUUAAACUUUCCUUGCAUCAUUUGUGCACAAAACUAGUGUAGCAGAUGUCUGUAUAUUUUAUAGUCUUUACCAUGUGGUAUAUAAUUUUUGUUUGUUUGUAUUGUAUGUCAUAUAUUUGUUCUGUAUUCUGAGAUUUGCACCCUUCUGUCCAUAAAUAUGUGAUGCCAAAAUUUAUAGUAUUUUACAGGGAACCCAGUGACUAAAAAUCAUGUGUGUAAAUGAUCGUCAAAUGGGCAUUCCUUUUAUUUUUUUUCUCUUCUACAAUGAUGUAUCUGUAAAUGAUGUUAUGGUAAACAUUUCAGUUUUAUAUGGAUCUAACUGUGAAUUUAUACAUAAAUACAGUAUAUGUUAGAAAAAGGCAUGAAUAAAGGCACCGAUUUGUAUGUACAGAAAA